CUCGUGCCCGCCUGAGCGGCUGAACCCAGCGCUGAUCUGGGACCAGUCCUGCGUGUUCUCAAGUUUAGCCCCAGCUCACCAGCGUUAGGGGACAUGAGCUGGUAAAGGGUGCUUUUAGUGAAGGAUGUUGGGCGUCACUGCUCCGCACAGACCGCACUGAAACUUUUGUGGAGAGGAGAGGAAGAGGAGGAAGAAGAGGAGGAGAGGUGGGGACAGGACCCCCCGCAGCCGGAGUGACUCUCAACGGAGACGAUGUGAGGCUUCUUUUAGAUCCGUUCCUGCUCCGAAACACCAUGGCUGUGGACGCUGCAUCCAGUUUCAGUUUCUGCAGACCAGCUGUGGAGUACAGGGCUCUGCCUGAGGACAUCAAGCACCAGCUGAGUCGACGGACAGGUGGGAACCUAACUUGGCACGAAGGACGUGGACAGAAGACAGCAGGAGGAAGAACAGUGAAGCUCCUGCAGCAGCCAGGCUCAGAGGCCUUUCAGUACCGCUCCUGUGACUACUAUGGAAUAUACCACACAAGCCCGACCCAGCCCAGCCUGAUCCGACCUGUCGUGCUUUGGACGCAACAGGAUGUCUGCAAAUGGCUGAAGAAACACUGUCCACACAACUACCUGACCUACGUGGAGGCGUUCUCCCAGCAUGCCAUCACAGGCCGUGCAUUGUUGCGCCUAAAUGGGGAGAAGCUGGAGAGGAUGGGUUUAGUACAAGAGACUCUUCGGCAAGAGCUACUGCAACAGGUGCUGCAGCUGCAGGUGCAGGAGGAGGGGCGCAACCUCCAGCUGCUCAGCAGAGGUUCUUUUGGGAAGAUAUCUUAGCUGGAAGGAAAUGGACACUGUGGGAUAUCAGGAUGAACUCAUAAAAACUCAAAUGUGGGACAAAUACAUCAGCCAGCUGUGAUCUCCAGAGUGAUGUUGUCAACCGGACUUUGGCAGCGUUCUGUUCCAUAUGAUAAAUUAUCUUUUUACGGACUGUGAACUGUGAUGGGAUAAAAAGCAAGAUGACAAUCUUCAUCAGUGUUUUGCACAGUUGUAUGCUUGGUUAAUUAAAGCUGGCGGUCUAAAUCAGGGGUCUGCCAUCUUUGUGACUGAAAGAGCCAAUUUACCACUUCUCAUAAAUAAGCACCGCUCUUCAAAGUUACUUUUUUCUUUUAGUGUCAAAUACAAACUAAACAGGUGUGGACAAGAAAAGGGGAAAUGUUCUUGUUCAGAAAUGUUUAGAAUUAUUUAUUAUUUUCCCAUUUCUGUUGACAAUUUGUAAAAAUUUCCAGUUAGACAUAAAUAUAGCAUCAAGAUGCACAACACAAACCAACAUGGACCUGGAACUAAGUCACUCUGUCAGAAGGUUGCCUGGUGGUGUGGGGGCCCAAAGCAGUUGCCUAGUUAGCAUAUGCCUUGGGCUGGCUCUGCAUCUUGUUGAAGGUGAUGUAACACUUGUUCCAAACAAACUAGGCCAGCUAGCUAGCUGGCUUACACCAACACGGUCCCAGAACUCUCACCCCUCCCAUCAGGUAUAAUCAUUAGGCCGCGCCCCUCUGGAUAUGCGAAUGUGCUCUGCCACGGUGAACAACACAAAGCAGUACACCGGUCGCUAUUCACGUUAAUCAAUAUGGCGGAGUCACCGGUAGGUGAAAAAUAAACAAUAUAAACAUCCAACUUUAAUAACUUGUUUUAACUUAGAUUUACUAAGAAAUCACAAUGUAACCAUAGACACAUUGCUUGUUGUGUGUGUGUGUGUGUGUGUGUGUGUGUGUGUGUGUGUGUGUGUGUGUGUGUGUGUGUGUGUGUGUGUGUGUGUGUGUGUGUGUGUGUGUGUGUGUGUGUGUGUGUGUGUGUGUGUGUCUGCUCUGUCUUCUCGAUCCCCAGUGAGUCGUGGAGGAUGGCUGCUUAUACUGAGCCAGGAUCCUCUGGAGGUUUCUUCCUGUUAAAAGGGAGUUUUCCUCUCCACUGUCGCUAUAUGCUUGCUUAGUGUGAGGAUUGCAAGUCACUGACACUAGUCAGUGACUUGAUGCAAUUUGCUGGGUUCCUUAUAUAGGAAACAUUUUUUUUCUGAUUGGCUUAAUGAACUGACCUGAAUCGGAAUGUUUAUUAUGUAAAGUGCCUUGAGAUGACUUUUGUUGUGUUUGGCGCUACAUAAAUUAAAUUGAAUUGAACUUAUUCAUAUGGUAACGAAGUAUGUUUUAAAAUGUUAAUUUAUUGAUUAUUUUCAGUACAAAGAGUAAUAAAAAGCAUGGUAGCCUGCUUGUAA